CCACGUGGCCUGUUGCUUGGCAACUGAUUUGCUUCCUCCGUUGCGAGGCUGCCGGGCUGCACCUGUGAAGUGGAGACAACGUGCUAGGACCUUGGUGGGCGUACACCUCUCACUCCCACUCAGGCGCCGACGACACGGGGUUGUCUGUUGCUCUUGCAAGUUCGUCUUGAGACUGGGCUGUGAGCUGGCACUGCAGUGAAACGCCACAGACGAGGAAGUGCCCAAGUUUUCCUUCGGGAAGUUCUCGUUUAGAGGAGUCAGGAGAAAAACUCAUUGUUAUAUCCCACAUUUAGAAGCCAAUUAUCUUGGGAGGCUUCCGAGGUUCUAGAAAGCAAGUAACUUACAUCAGUUUACUAAAUGUGGGAAGGUGGCCCAUAACUUCAAACAUCUGCCUCAGAGUAAACCUGAGGCAUUUGGGGGCUAGUGCCAGACCGUCCGCUGCCUAUCAUGAGCGGCAGCGCUUACCGCUUGCUGCAAAGAGACUUCCAUGAGCUCAGGGAGAACAACUAUAAGGGUAUCACUGGUAGGCCUGUAAGUGAAGAUAUGAUGGAAUGGGAAGCUGAAAUUGAAGGUCUACAGAAUUCAGUUUGUCAGGAUUUAGUCUUCCAACUGACAAUACAUUUUACAUCGGAGUACAACCAUAUUCCUCCAGUUGUGAAAUUUAUAACAAUUCCUUUUCAUCCAAAUGUAGACCCCCAUACUGGUCAGCCCUGUAUAAGUUUUUUGGACGACCUUAUGAUGUGGAAUACAAACUAUACAUUGAGCAACAUCUUACUUGCCCUACAGGUUAUGCUUUCUAAUCCAGUGCCAGAGAAUCCAGUGAAUUUGGAAGCAGCCAGAAUACUGACUGAAAGUGAAUGUCUGUACAGAGCAAUUCUAAAAGUUUUCAGCAGGCCAUUACAAAUGAAAGAUGACAGCCAGAAGUUACCUGAAGGCCCACAUAAACCUAUGAGAUCAAUUAAAGGAGUCCUAUUUAGUGAUUACUACCAGACAUGGUCUGGAAUAGCUACAUCAACAGCCACAGAAUACUACAGAACUCCAUUGCUCAAAGGUCCAAAAUUCAUUGGACAGUAUUACAAAUGGAAGAAAAUGGAUCUACAGCAUCAUAAAGAAUGGAAUUUAAAGUAUGCUGUUAUCAAGUGUCAGCUUGCUAGAAAAAAUAGAAUGCCUCAAGAAGUCAAUCACUUCAUGGAAGGAAUUAAGCUCUGCCCAAUUCUAGAUGAAAUUUUUCUUGAGUCACCAAUUGCAAUAAAUAGCAUCAGAGACAUUUAUGAAAUGGAGGAGGAGGAGUGGAAGAAUGACUAUUCAUUAUAUGCUUCACAAUAUGAAAAUGACACAGACGAGCCCAGGGAAGAGGAAGUGGAAGAUCUGAUCUCCUGGACCAACACUCUCAAUACAAAUACUUUAGAAGAUUAAGCAACACAAGAUUUAAAAAAUAAACAGCCUCCACCACAGCCCAGCAUUGUGGAGCAAUUUUGGAAGACUCUCA